UAUGUGACACAAGAUUUCAUUAGGGUAGGAGUUUUUCAUAUUUUUUUCCAGUCUUGCUUUGCUUCAAGCUCCAAAUAUCAGAGCCUAUGAGGCUGUGACUCUGUGAGCAAAUCCAGCAGUUUCAACUGAGCAAGAGCUGAGAAGAACACUCUUUUAGUUCAUCAAAACAGGUCUUGCAUUUGUUAAGGGCUUAAGAUUCAAGUUCAAGCAGCAUUUGGAUUCAAUUUUUGCUAUACAGAACUUGAAUUCUCGGGUUGCUGGACAGUUAUACACGAUUCAUUACUCUUCUCGCGAAUUGAAAAACAAAUUAUGGUUGGCUGUGGACUAUUUUGAGCAUUCACAAAUUCAAAACACAGAUUAGUUGGCGAAUUAUGUUACACUGUUCCUGGAUAUGCUAGUUGUCUCUUGAGUCUUGACCUUGAUCUACUUCCAAUUAUAAAACUAUUUUACUAGAUGAAAGGAGCUUGGACAAAUAGGAGCAACAUAUAUAGGGAUAUAGGAGGGGAGAGGGAGAGUUCAAUGUGCUUGUGCUUUCCUUGAUGUGUCGUGGUAAAGGAGAUUUUCGGUCACGCUUAGAAGAUCUUCUUUGCCUAUGCAAGAAUCAGGAAGAGAAUUGGGCGAAGCUUGUGUAGCACCACAGUGUGGAUUGCUCUCAUGGUCCGCUUCAGUUUGGGCUUUGCUUAUCCUGUGUUUAUCUACUGAUGCUACACGGCAGUUUUUUUAUUUGAAAAUUACCUUUUAUGAGUGAUGUAUUAUAGGUACUUAAUAAGCAUUUAUGUUGCCUGCAGCAAACCUGCAGCGAAAUUGAUUCAUUACGGAUGGCUGGUAGUGGUCGUGCCUCCCGCACAAUUUAUGUUGGAAAUCUUCCGCUGGAUGUAAAGGAAUAUGAGCUUGAAGAUCUGUUUUACAAGUAUGGCCGUAUCGUAGAUAUUGAAUUGAAGCUUCCUCCACGCCCUCCAGGCUAUUCUUUUGUAGAGUUUGAGGAUCCUAGGGAUGCUCAAGAUGCAAUAAGGGGUCGUGAUGGCUAUAACUUUGAUGGUUGUCUUCUGAGGGUUGAGCUGGCUCAUGGUGGUAGGGGUAGGUCCCCUAUGGGCCCACGUGGUGGCAGAGGUGGCAAUAGUGGAGGUGGGCAGUAUAGUGUUUCCCGUCAUUCUGAGUUUCGAGUUGUUGUGCGUGGACUGCCCCCUUCGGCCUCGUGGCAAGAUCUGAAGGAUCAUAUGCGUAAGGCUGGGGAUGUGUGCUUUGCGCAAGUUUUUCGUGAUGGUGAAGGUAUGAUGGGAAUAGUUGACUAUACUAAUUAUGAAGAUAUGCAAUAUGCUAUACGCAAACUGGACAACACUGAAUUUCGAAAUCCUUUCUCAAGAUCCUACAUGCGGAUAAAAGCUUACGAGGGUAGUCCACCAAGAAACCGGAGUAGGAGUAGGAGCCCAAUCCGAGAUAGAAGCAGAAGUUUAGAAAGGAGCCCAAGACCGGCUCCAAGAUCUAGCUCUGCAUCCCUUGCAGAACCAUCAAGGACCUUUGUUACAGGGGAUUAACACCAUCAGGAAAUGUUGUUUCCCAUCUCAGAAAGUAAUGUUUGCCUUAUUGAUGUAUGUUGAAUCAUUUUUGUGGCAAAUGGUACUUCAUAUGGUAUUUGAAUGUCGUGGUUACUUUGCUAACCAUGCACAUCCGAUUGUAGGAAGGUUAUUCGUGUUUAUCCACAACCUUGGCCUGCAUUCGAAGCCUAGAACUUUGUAAUACAUUAAUUGUUGAACCUCAAUGCCAUGCACUACACAUGAGGAUACACUUGUGCUUUUUGCCUUGUGAAUUUGGAUCGGUUUCAUCUCUUUUCUUGGUUACCUGUUUUGGAACUUCAUAUUGGA